AACUCAAACCCCAUGCAGAAACUGUAGUUCACCGCAACACCAUAAACUAAGUUCAUCAUUAAUUUCAUUUCAGCAUAUAUAUAUAUAUAUAUAAUAUAAACUUUAUACUAUAAUUAAAUCCUCAAUUUCAACCAUGAGUAGCGUUAGGUUUUUCCAAACUAUCUCCGUCGCAGCAAUACUACUAGCACUCACCGCCACCGUCCAUUCAUGUCCACCGUCAGAUAGGGCGGCGUUAUUAGCGUUCAAAGCAGCACUCCACGAACCCCAACUCGGAAAACUCGGUAUCUUCACCUCAUGGACCGGAGCAGAUUGCUGCAACAAAUGGUACGGCGUUAGCUGCGACAAAGAAUCCCGCCGCGUCGCCGAUAUCAACCUCCGCGGCGAGUCAGAAGAUCCAAUCUUCCAAAAAAAACACCACCGUACCGGUUACAUGACCGGUUACAUCUCACCAGCAAUCUGUCACCUCAACCGUCUCUCGAGCUUCACCGUCGCCGAUUGGAAAGGUAUCUCCGGCGAAAUCCCUCGCUGUAUAUCCUCCCUUCCUUUCCUUCGUAUCAUUGACCUCAUCGGAAACCGCCUCACCGGAACUAUCCCCACCGACAUCGGAAAACUUCAACGGUUAACCGUUCUUAACAUCGCCGACAACGCUAUCUCCGGUAACAUUCCACGGUCGCUAACAAAUCUCAGAAGCCUGAUGCAUCUUGAUAUUCGUAACAAUCAGAUUUCUGGGCCCAUACCUAAUGACUUCGGCAGGCUUCCAAUGUUAAGCCGGGCUUUACUAAGCGGUAAUAAAUUAUCCGGGCCCAUACCCGAGUCAAUUUCUCGUAUUUAUCGUUUAGCAGAUCUCGAUCUAUCAAGAAACCAAGUUUCUGGACCCAUACCUGAGUCCCUAGGUAAAAUGGCGGUUUUGUCCACACUUAAUUUGGACAUGAACAAAAUUUCUGGUCCCAUUCCAAUAAGUCUUUUUAAUUCUGGAAUAAGUGAUUUAAAUUUAAGCCGAAAUGGUUUAGAAGGGACUAUACCUGAUGUGUUUGGUGUGAGAUCUUAUUUCACGGUUUUGGAUUUGAGUUAUAAUCAUCUUAAGGGUCCUAUACCUAAAUCAAUGGGUUCUGCUUCUUAUAUUGGACAUUUGGAUUUGAGUUAUAAUCAUUUGUGUGGUAAGAUUCCUGUUGGUGAUCCUUUUGAUCAUUUGGAAGCUUCUUCUUUUGUUUACAAUGAUUGUCUUUGUGGGAAGCCACUUAAACCUUGUGGUGUUAAUUAAACAAACUUACUCUUCUUGUGUGUUGAAAGAAAUUAUAUGUAUUUUUGUAUAAUUUGUAAUAGGAACAAGAGUCUUGUGUUUAUUGAUUAGUAGUUUAAUUAGUUGAUUUGUUGUAUUUGUGUUUGUAAUUUUCAUCAUGAUCAUGAUAUCUUACAUAUGUUACAAUAAUUAAGAUACUGAAUUGUGUGGAUUUUUGGUUGUCAAACAAUGCUGCGGGAUUCUCGGCAAGUUCUUGUUUUAAACAUUUGGUCUCACAUAUAAAUACAAAUGUUCAAUCUAGUGAUAUGAUUUAUGUUUCAUCUAAAGCUAAGGUUAUAGUUUGAGGAUUACUUAAAGGAAGAAUAGCAACUAGAGACAUUUGCUCAAAAGAGGGGUAAUGUCCUAUAUAUGUUUCUUGUUCGAGUGAUAUUGACUCUAGUAAUCAUCUCUUAUUCUCUUGUCUUUUUAUCUUAUAAUGUAUGGUCCUUGAUAAAUAAGUAGAUGGGUAUUCAAGGUGUAAA